CUUUAAAUAUAUAUUUAUAUAUUUAGUUAUUUAUGUUAAUUAUACAUCUUUGGCAAUGGAUUUAUUAUUAUAUUCUUUCUUACUAUUCCCUCACCUUGAUACGCUAUCCCGUAUACCUGGAGUGGGUAUAAGUAUAUAUAAAUGAGGGAAGUAAUGUUUUAUUUUAAGUUUUGAAUUUCGUGACAAAUGUUUACUUCUUUUAAGACAAUUUUUCAUUUUAAAGUCUAAUAAUUUAAAUAAGUAUGGAUAUUUUAUAUGUUCUGUUAGUAAUUGGAGUUUUAAUUGAGCCUAUUGUUGCGCAUAAAUUUUUAAAACGAUCAAUAUUCGACAUGCUUACGAACAAUCGUGUUGACAAUCAAUUAAAAUACAUCUUAGAAGAAAAUAAUCAUCUAAUGGCAAAAAUCAAAAUAAAAAUAUAUACUGGUUCAUCAAUUGAAUCAGCAACGAUCACUGAUAUUCCGAUUAAUGAACCUGACAUAAUUUAUCAGAAUAUUGAUAAUAGCAAACCAUUAGCAAUGUAUAUUCAUGGAUAUCGUGAACAUCCGUCUAAUGAAAGUAUCCAAACUGUCAUUGGAGCUUAUUUAGACCGUGGCACGGAUAAUAUACUUCUAGUAGACUGGAGUGAUUUAUCAUUCGACAAUUAUAUAAUACUAAUACAAAAAAUAAAAGAUAUGGCAAGAAUAUUAUCAGACACUAUUAAUAGUCUUGUUGAAUUAGGAUUAGAUUUAGAAAAUUUUCAUCUCAUCGGUCAUUCGAUGGGAGCACAAAUGGCAGGAUUUAUUGGAAGAUAUACAAAGUAUGAGCUACCUCGUAUUACAGGAUUAGAUCCAGCAUCCCCAGGAUUUUAUUAUGCAAGAGCUGAGCAUAUAAACAAUAAAAGUGCCCGAUUCGUUGACAUUUUGCAUACUGACGGUGGUUUCUAUGGUGCCUUGGAUAAUACUGGUACUGCUGAUUUUUUUCCUAAUGGAGGCAAGAGACCACAACCUGGCUGUCCGAUUCUCGGAAUACCAUUAACUCCAACAGAUUUAUGUAACCACUGGAGAUCAUGGCGUAUUUAUGCUGAAAGUAUCAAAAAUAUUUUUUCAUUUCCUGCUGUCCAAUGUUCGUCUUACCUCGAUUAUACAGAAGGUAGAUGUGAAAAAAAUCAAGUUAUUUAUUUCGGAUACUCGACACCAACAAACGCACGUGGAUCUUAUUUUUUUAAAACAAAUGAUAAAUCUCCUUAUGGAAGAAGUUUAUAAAGUUUUAAUUUUUUAAAAACCGCAAUCAAAAGACUAAUCUUAGUAUUUUUUACUUUUAUUAAAUAUAAACAAUAUUUAUUAAUUAAGUAAUCAAUUAAUUAAGUUAUUUAUUGUAUUAUUGGCAAUACCCCCACCCGGUUUGUUGGGCGCCAAUUUAAUUUUUAUCUCUAUUUUUUUUUUCACUACGAAUUUUAUAGUUUACAUUUACGAGCUAUUAAAAUAAAAACAUAUUUUA